AUGUAUUUACGUGUUACUGGGGCGGUAGCGACGACUGCGUGGCUUUUUGCUAGCCGGGUUUUGGCGCAGGGUGUUGGGAGCGCGGAUACGCAUCCUCAACUCACAACGCAGAAAUGCACGAAAGGAGGGGGUUGCGUACAGCAGAAUACGUCGAUUGUGCUAGAUGCGAGUUUCCAUGGCCUGCGAGAUGUGAAUGGAACGAGUAGCUGUGGUGGAUAUGGCGGCGCGUUCAGUAAGACGCUGUGUCCGGACCACGAGUCGUGUGCGAAGAACUGCGUUCUUGAUGCUGCGGAUUACGAGGGCAGCGGUGUGCAUGCUGAGGGUAACGCUCUGACGUUGAAUCAGUAUGUACAGCGCGGCGAUAACUUGACUUCGCAAAGUCCGCGGGUAUACCUCUUAGCCUCUGAGGGAGACGACUACGAGGUUUUGUAUUUGAAGAAUCAGGAGAUCAGUUUCGAUGUGGAUGUCUCGAAGUUGGUUUGCGGUAUGAAUGGCGCAUUGUACUUGGCCGAGAUGAAUAAAACCGGGGCCCGCAGCGCCCUGAAUCCAGCUGGUGCGAAAUAUGGUACUGGAUAUUGCGACGCACAGUGCCCGACGCUACCAUUUAUCGAUGGCGUGGCAAACAUCGACUCGAAAGGAGCGUGCUGCAACGAAUUCGACGUCUGGGAGGCCAACGCACUAGCCUCGUCCUUCACAGCUCACCCAUGCAGCAACUCGGGGGUAUUCGCGUGCACCGGCGAGCAAUGCGGUAGUCUUGGCGUAUGCGAGAAAUCCGGCUGCGAGUAUAACACGUGGAAAUUAGGGAACACGACGUUCUACGGUCCUAGCUCGUCGGCGUCGUCCCCGUCGGAUGGGUCGCCGGGUGGGGCCAAGAAGUUUACGAUUGAUACUACGCGCCCGUUUACGGUUACUACGCAGUUCUUGACUUCGGAUAACCCGACGGAAGCUAAUCGUGGUGUUAUGAAUGAGGUUAGAAGGUUGUAUGUUCAGGAUGGUGUUGUUUUUGCGAAUCCGGGUGUUGCGGAUCCUAUGAUGCCGCCGGGUGACUCGCUGCGCAUGUCGCAUUGUCAAGCGGCGGCUAGCACGUUUGAGGAGUUAGGUGGACUGGGUACGGCGGGUCGCGCGUUGGAUCGCGGUAUGGUGCUCGCGUUUAGCAUCUGGAAUGAUGGACGGCAGUUUAUGAAUUGGUUGGAUGCGGGGAAAGCUGGUCCGUGUACGCUGGAAGAGGGCAAUCCGGACGUUAUUAAGAAGCAGAGCCCAGAGACGAAGGUUACGUUUAUGAAUAUCAGGUGGGGAGAUAUUGGAAGUACAUAUAGUAAUGGGACGAUAGCGUAG